AAACAAGCAGAGUAGAGUUGGAGAGAGAGAGAGAGAGAGGAAGAGAGAGAAAGGUGUUGUUGUUUGGUGGCGGGUCCAUGUUUCAUUUCCCGCACUGUACUGUACUCUCUCUGUUCCUCUUCUGUACCUUCCUUCUAAUAAUCUAUUCUCUUCUCUCCAUCAUAUAAUAUCAUCAUCUCUCACUCUCUCUCAGAAACACUCUCACUCUUCACAGUUUCGUUUCAGAUCUGAAACCCUAAUCCUCCCUCAUUCACACGCUACGGCUUGGUUGCUGUGGAAGUUCAAUGGCACUCACUGAAGCUCAAAACCCUCUUAUUGUGGAAAACACUUGCGGUUCAUUGUUGAAGAAGCUGCAGCAAAUAUGGGAUGAGGUAGGCGAGAGCGACGAGGAACGGGACAAGAUGCUUCUUCAGUUAGAGCAGGAGUGCUUGGAUGUGUACAAGAGAAAGGUUGAGCAGGCUGUAAAAUCUAGGGCACAGCUGCUUCAAGCUUUAUCUGAUGCUAAGCUUGAGCUUUCGACACUUCUAUCAGCUCUUGGAGAAAAGAGCUUCGCCGGAAUUCCUGAGGACACUUCUGGAACUAUCAAGGAGCAGCUUGCAGCUAUAGCACCAGUACUUGAACAGUUAUGGCAACAAAAGGAAGAAAGAAUCAAAGAGUUUUCUGAUGUGCAGUCACAGAUUGAAAAAAUAUGUGGAGAGAUAGCUGGGAGCUUGAACCUUAAUGAUGUUUCACCCGCGGUUGACGAGUCCGACCUGUCGCUGAAGAAGUUCAAUGAGUAUCAAUCUGAGCUCCAAGAUCUUCAAAAAGAAAAAACUGAGAGGUUGCACAAGGUUCUUGAAUUUGUGAGUACUGUACAUGAUUUAUGUGCUGUCCUUGGUAUGGACUUCUUCAGUACUGUAACAGAGGUUCAUCCAAGCCUUAAUGAUACGAAUGUUGUUCAAUCCAAAAGCAUAAGCAACGACACUCUAGCUAGGCUUGCUAAGACUGUCUUAACGCUGAAAGAAGAUAAAAAGCAGAGGCUCCACAAGCUACAAGAAUUAGCUUCUCAAUUAAUUGACCUGUGGAAUCUAAUGGAUACCCCUCCAGAGGAAAGGAGUCUAUUUGACCAUGUUACCUGUAAUAUCUCAGCUUCAGUUGAUGAAGUCACUGUUCCUGGUGCCCUUGCUCUGGAUCUGGUCGAGCAGGCUGAAGUGGAAGUUGAGAGACUUGAUCAGCUGAAAGCUAGCAGGAUGAAGGAAAUUGCUUUGAAGAAGCAAGGAGAACUCGAAGAGAUAUUUGCCCGUGCUCAUGUAGAAAUAGAUCCAGAAGCUGCCCGAGAGAGGAUUAUGGCAUUGAUUGAUUCAGGAGACAUUGAACCAACUGAGUUACUGGCUGACAUGGACAGUCAGAUAGCGAAAGCGAAAGAAGAAGCUUUAAGCCGAAAAGAUAUAUUGGACAAGGUUGAGAAAUGGAUGUCAGCAUGUGAAGAAGAGAGUUGGCUUGAAGACUAUAAUCGGGAUGAAAACAGGUAUAAUGCGAGUAGAGGCGCACAUUUAAACCUCAAACGUGCAGAGAAAGCUCGGAUACUGGUCAACAAAAUCCCAGCUUUGGUUGAUACAUUGGUUGCUAAAACCCGUGCAUGGGAAGAAGAACAUGACAUGUCAUUCUCAUAUGAUGGUGUUCCUCUUCUCGCCAUGCUGGAUGAAUAUGCCAUGCUCAGGCAUGAACGGGAAGAGGAAAAACGAAGGAUGAGAGACCAGAAGAAGUAUCAUGAGCUGCAAAACACAGAACAGGAAACCAUCUUUGGUUCAAGACCCAGCCCUGCUAGGCCAGUCAGUGCCAAGAAGGGAGCUGGUCCUCGUGUCAAUGGAGGAGCCAAUGGUACUCCUAACCGGCGGCUAUCGCUUAAUGCUCAUCAAAAUGGAAGCAGGUCCAUAUCGAAAGACGGUAAAAGGGAUAAUACUAGACCAGUUGCUCCCGUGAAUUAUGUGGCCAUAUCAAACGAUGCUGCUUCCCAAGUUUCUGGUACUGAACCCAUCCCAGCAUCACCCUAAUAACUAGCCCUAUAAUUCAUCUUUGUAGCAUUGUAGUAUUACUAGUUACUGCUUUAGGAAUAUAAUCUGAGUGACAAGUAAUUAGAGAGGAACUAUUUUGAGCUGUGUAUGUUAAUGUUUGCCAUUUGGAGGUUUUUUCAAUACAUGUUGGCUGAACCAUUGAAGCCAUUAAAUAUGAAAGUAUACAUAGGCUGCGUUUAAAAGAGCA